GUAUUUAACAACAUACAGUUAUAUGACAAAUCCUUAGGCUCUAUAUAGCACACAUACACAGUGCUCUGUAACAGUCCUAGUCAAAGGUUGCUACCCCAGACCACAGGCACACAUACACACUGCAAAAGCCAAAAACACUGCACACUUCAUUAACACUCCAUGGAGAGAGAGAGAGAGAGAGAGAGAGAGAGAGAGAGAGAGAGAAAGAGAAAGAGGGAAAGAGAGCAUAAGUGGGAGGGGUUCUGUCCAGUGGUGUGGUACAGAGAGCCAGAGAAUUAGUUUUCUGCAGCUGUUUUGAAGAGAACGGAGAAAGCGGGUGAGGGAGGAGAGAGGGGAAAAAGACAGCCAACUCAUCUGACACUGACAGUGGGCCAAAGAAAGGGAAGAAGAGGGAGCAAAAUCACGGUAAAAGAAGUGGAAGAGAGAGGAGAGAACUAGGGAAAAAACUGAGCAAGCUAAGGGGAGAGAGAAGGGGAGAGAGAGAGGAGGGUGGUGAGAAACUUAACCCAGAAAAGAAGAGCAAGUGAAAACAGUGAGGCCACCAGCAGCAGUGAACGAGUGAGAGGGCGAGAGGGGAAGACAAGCCCAUCAGGAGAGACACAGAGAGGGAGAGAGUAAGGAGACGGGCAAGUGGACAGGAUGUCGACUCUCCCUCCUGAGGUUGCCACUGAAGAUGCCACCAAACAGAGCUUCUGGAUGCCUGGGAACUACCAGCGCACGGUGAAGCGCACAGAGGAUGCCUUCCAGGCGUGUAAUGACAUCGUGGUGUGCUUCCAGGAGAGAGCCCGUGUGGAGAGGCAGUACGCUCAGCAGCUCAGCGAAUGGAGCAACAAGUGGAAGCCCCUGGUGGACUCCAGCCCGCUAUAUGGAUCCCUCCUGCAGGCGUGGCAGUGUUUCCUCUCCUCCGCCGACCGUCUCGCCGCCCUGCACUCGUCCGUGUGUCGCUCCCUGGUUUCGGAGGACGGGGACCGGGUCAGGACCUGGCAGAAAGAGACCUUCCAUAAGAAGCUCUUUGGAGGCUUCAAGGAGUCCCAGGACUUUGGGACUAGCUUCGCACGUGCUCAGAAGCCCUGGGCCAAACGGCUGAAGAAGCUGGACAAAGCCAGGAGUGCGUUCCAUAAAGUGCAGCGUAAGGAGCAGACUGCCAGGGACCGGGAGGUCCACGCCAAGGGCAACCCUGACGUGACCAUCGAGAAACAGAGGAAGAUUCAGGAGGAAAGAGAGCUGGCUCAGCAGGAGACGGAGAAAGUGCGAGCCCGCUAUGAGAAGGUUCUGGAGGAGGUGACCCGCUAUGCCCCUCGCUACAUGGAGGAGAUGGAGUGUAUUUUUGACCAAUCACAGGAGGAGGAGAGGAAGAGGAUCAACUUCCUCAAACAGGCCUUCCUGUCCGUCCACAGACACCUGGACGUCACCAACAACGAGAGUGUGAAGGCUGUGUAUAAUGAGCUUCACAACACUCUCAUGGCCAUCAGUGAGCAGGACGACCUGCGCUGGUGGAAGAACACCCACGGACCGGGCAUGCCCACCGACUGGCCUCAGUUCCAGGAGUGGACGCCAGAGAAGAAAAGCAAAAAAGGGAAGAAAGAGAAAGAGGUAGAGUCCCAGCAAGGCACCAUAGAGAGGAGUGUAAUGAUCGGAGGAGUUAAGGUCAGGGCUCUCUAUGACUAUAACGGACAGGAGACAGAUGAGCUCUCCUUUAAAGCAGGUGAGGAGUUUCUGAAGACUGAGGAUGAGGAUGACCAGGGCUGGUGUAGAGGGAUGAAGGAUGGAGGGAGAGAGGGACUCUACCCAGCCAACUAUGUAGAGACGGUGUAGUUACACCACUAUGUUUGGAAAAAGAAAUAGAUAGAAUGAAAAUGAAAGUGACUCAUUUUGAUAAGAAACAUUGUGUCUGAAAUGAUCCUCAGCCGAUGUGUACUGUGUAUUGUUACUUAAUGAAUCCAGGCUGCAUCACAUCCGGCCGUGAUUGGGAGUCCCACAGGGCGGCGCACAAUUGGCCCAGCGUCGUCCGGGUUAGGGUUUGGUCGGGGUAGGCCGUUAUUGUAAAUAAGAAUUUGUUCUUAACUGACUUGCCUAGUUAAAUAAAGGUAAAACAUUUUUUAUGAAUAAAUAAAUAAUAACAAAUGAAAAAAGUGCCCAUACUAUCUGCAGGAAAGCUUUCAUCCAAAGAGAAUACACUAUGGGGAUAUGAUAGCUCUAAUGAACUUUUGGCAUACCUACACGGCAUCAAAUAUCCAUUUUUGUUUUCUUUAAAAUAUGUUGGAAAAUGUUUAAUAUAUUUACCUGAGACACCUAUAUGAAAGCUAUAUGAUGUAUGAUGUCUUUUUUGUACAAUUUGAGAGAUGUGAUGCUGAUUCUAUAGGUAAUGUCACCACUUGAUGCUGAAGCCAUACUGUAUGUUUGCUGUUCUUAUAGAGCUAAACUCUCCUGUUCGCUUUAGUGAAACAUAUAUUUACGUAGAAAAAAGUGCUUAGACAGGCUUUAAUCAGUGAUUAUUAUUAUGAACGGAGUGAAACUUUGACAAUGAGCACAAUUCAUCAAUACCUGUAGCCUGAUCAGUAAUAGUAUGAGCAGUAAUGUCUCCUGUACCCUGUGUGUGUUAUUAGAGUAGGAUGUGACAGGACUGGGAUCUCCUUUCAGAGGGACUGUAAUAGAUCUCCUCUCAUCGCCUUCUUGAUGGCAACUCCCCUUCAUAGAACCUUUGCCAAAGUGAAGUGCCAUUUCUGGGCCAAGUUCUGGUUUUUCUUUUCCAUUUCUAAAUGCGUGUACAGUACCUUGCGAAAGUAUUCGGCCCCCUUGAACUUUGCGACCUUUUGCCACAUUUCAGGCUUCAAACAUAAAGAUAUAAAACUG